GGGCGUUACUCUGUGGGUUGCGAUGACAUUUUGUUAUCCAUUUGGACUGGACCUCAUUACCCCUCAGUCCAUGAGAUAGAGUACGGACACUACCAAAUGUGUAUGUAUCGAUAACUUCAUGCAGAAAUAUGGGUUGCACUUCCUAGAUAGUAUUGUCUAUCGCGGUACAAAUGGCUACUAUUUGAUUGGUGGGCGUAUUCAGUCAUAUCAAUUGUUGAGUCACCGAAUUAUCCACGAACUCACCUCGAUUAUUAUCGAUAUCAGUCAUACAACUCUCGCCUUCUCUACUUAAACCCUCGAAGACCCUACCUCACUAAAUUGACCUUUCUUUUUUCACCCCAUACCUGCCAUGGCUCUUCUCGAGCAGGUUUCCGGUCUAUUAACCACAAACCCUCUCAUAGUCCUAGUAACAAUUACAACCCUAUCCCUCCUCUUCCGCUCCACCUACCGCUGCACCCUGCACCCCCUCUCCCAUAUUCCCGGUCCACUCCUCCCAAAACUCACAUCCCUCUGGCUCCACUACCACGCCUACAUUGGCGACGAAGCAAGCUGCAUCCACAGACUCCACAACCAAUAUGGUCCUAUCGUCCGCGUCUCUCCAUCCGAAAUCGACAUCGCAGAUGCAGAUGCCAUAGCGCCUAUCUAUAUAUCCAAAGGCGGAUUUCCAAAAGCUCCUUGUUAUGCCAAUUUUGACGUCGAUGGUCACAAGACGAUAUUCUCAACUACAGAUGCGGAGUUUAGGGCUCCGAGGGCAAAAGCAGUUAUGCCCUUGUUUUCGACGAAAAGCAUCAGGGAUAAUGAAGUUGCAUUGUAUGGGUGUGUGGAAAAUAUGGUUGGGAGAAUGAAAGAGGAUGCUGAAGGAGGGGCACCAGUGAAUUGCUUGAACCUGGCGAGGAGUUUGGCACUGGAUGCUAUUUCUACACAUUUGUUUUCGGAGAACUACAAUGGAACUUCUGAAAAAGGCGAGAGAUUGUCGGCUUCUGCAUUUGUGGACGCGUUUGUAGCUGUGGGAAGAUUCUUUUACUUGCCAAAUGCAGUCUUUAUCUGGUUAUCAUGGUUUGUGGAAAAGCUCGUGAUGGAUUCACACACUGAAAAUUCCAUCAAGUUGGUGGACCAGUUUGUGGAGAAUCUUGUGGAAUCUACGCCCAAGGAAAGUAACAACUAUCCUGGCCGGUUACUCAAUACGGGUUUCAGCAAGUCUGAAGUUAAGUCUUCAUGCAAAGAUCUUAUGUUUGCUGGAACGGAUUCUACAGGUAUGAAUAUGGCAACUAUCCUUCGCUAUUUGGUGUUGUGUCCAGAAAAGUAUGAAAUCCUCCGGACUGAAAUCAUGGGAAAUGCAAAUUCUACCACCAAACAAGAAAUCCAAGCUCUUCCCUAUCUCUCCGCCGUAGUAAAAGAAGGCUUACGCAUUAGCAUGGCAAAUCCCACUCGUCUCCCCCACGUCGUCCCUAUAGGUGGAUGGACAUUCAAAUCCGUCUACUUCCCCGCUGGAUCUAUCGUCGGCUGUUCCGCCUACGAACUCCACUUUAAUCAAGAUGUUUUUCCAAACCCGCAUGAAUUUGAGCCUGAAAGAUGGCUGGAAGGGAAUAUCACUCCGGAAGCGAAUAAAUACUGGUUUGCUUUUGGUGCAGGUAGCAGAGCGUGUAUUGCGAGGAAUCUUGCUACGGUGGAACUUUACAUGGCGGUGGAGAAAGUGGUAGAAAGUGAUGUCUUGAGGGGUGCGAGGGUUUGUCAGGAAAAGGUUGAGAUUUUCGAGUGGUUCAAUUCAAGUGUGAAGGGAGAGAAACUAGAACUCAUUUGGAACCGGAAUGAAAAACGCUGAUCGAUUCUAUUUUAUCUGGAGGCGAAGCACAUGCACACUAAUAUCUUGAACUUUGGACA